CGUAAGGGUUCAUAAGCACAUAGCACAUUACAUUCAGGCCUUUUAUCCUUUUGAUACCUAGAGUUUCGUAUCUCCCGCGAGUCUCUCUCACCGAUUAUGGCUCCACGUAGACAAUCGUUGGUGUCAGGGCCUCUGGGAAAUGCUGCUAGUAAUCUUUUGGCCGUCUCGCCCAACGUCCUCGAAUACUUCUUACCAGGCUUCGCUACGAUACAGAGCUUCUUCCAGCAAUGGCUCAACAUCGACAUCACGAAACUUGUCACAACGUUUUUCCUCUUCGGUGUCUUCAGUUCAUCGAUACAGAAGAUGUCCUCAGGUAUAUACAACUGGCUCACCAGAUUCUUGACCGCGUCCGUCAGCAUACCUGCCAGCGACAGACUGAACAGAGAGGUUCUCCUUUGGAUGAGCACCAAUGUUGUGACACAGACCGGGACCAGAGUUCUAGCAGCUCAGAGUGGAAGAUCACUUGGCAAUGACAUGGGGAUGAUGAUAAACCCUCCGAUGCCGCCACCCCCAGGUCUCCCACGACCACCAACAAGACACACACGACCAAAAAAGUCAAAAUCAAAAGCCUUACUGGCUGGUGCUCCGAUUGAUUACUAUCCAUCUUUUGGAUCAACCUGGUUUUGGUUCCGAGGUAGACUCUUUCUCUUUCGCAGGUGCGGCACAAAAUAUGACAGCCAGGGAAUAGACGACUAUUGGAGUGCGCCAGACGGCUCUGAACAUAUCGUACUUCUAUGUGUCGGAAGAAGCCCAGAACCACUCAAGAGGUUUCUGGAAGUGUGCCGCGAGAAUGCCAAUAAGAAGACGGAGACAUUCACUAGCAUCCAUCUUUGUCAAGACGGAUUUCGCGCGAUGUGGGACACGCAUAUGCUUCGCCCGGCCCGGCCAUUACACACUGUAGACCUUGAUGAGGUCUUGAAGAAAGAUAUCGUAGCUGAUAUCGAAGCAUAUCUUGCGCCAUCGACGAGACGAUUUUAUGCAAGAAGAGGCAUCCCUUACCGCCGCGGAUAUCUCUUCCACGGCGAGCCAGGGACUGGGAAGACAUCGUUCUGUCUUGCUCUAGCUGGUUACUUCAAUCUCGAGUUAUACGCCCUCAAUCUCAGCAAUCUUAUGAAUGCCGCCGGUCUUCUCCGCCUGUUUGCCACCUUGCCUCAAGAAUGUAUCAUCGUUCUGGAAGACAUUGAUUCUGCUGGCAUCCAGCGUGAAGCAUCCGAAGAUUUUUCGUGGUACGACAAUACGAACAGCCCACACGGUGGCCCUCCACCGCCUCCACCUCCACCUCCACCUCCGGGUGCGGUCACACUCAGUGGCCUACUCAAUGCUCUCGAUGGUCUUGCAUCACAAGAGGGCCGUGUGCUUAUCAUGACAUCAAACACCCCUGAUGCUCUUGAUAAAGCGCUGAUUCGACCCGGUCGUGUCGACCGCCAGAUCUGUUUCGGACUUCUGACGCCAAGCGUCGCCGAGAGUAUCUUCAUCCGGAUGUUCACCAUGGACGAAGAUUCGGAUGAUGGUGAAAAUCCCUCGUCCGAGACAUGCCUCGAGGCCUCUUCUGAAUUGAACACUGCCGUCAACGGUACAAUCCCCGGCACCCUCCUCCCGGACAUCGAUCCUGCAGCACUACGUGCUCUUGCACAUGAUUUUGGAACCAGGAUCCCACCUGAUACCCUCUCGCCCGCUGAGGUUCAAGGCUUUCUGCUUCAGCAUCGCGAUUCACCAGCUACGGCAGUCGAGAAAAUCGAGGAGUGGAUUGAGGAAUUGAAGAGAACCCGGGAGACGAAGAAGAAGGAGAAGGAGGAAGCGUUGGAGAAGCGUAGACACGAUAUCAUGGAAGCGAACGAGAGGAUGUAUACAAAGAGGAGAGAGAGAGAGCUGGUCGUGGAGAAGAUUGCGGAGACUAUGCAGGGGCGCAGGAGGAGGCGAGCAACGAACGAGAAAGUCAAGAGAGGGCGACGAAGUGAUACCAAGAGCAGGCAGAAGAAAGAAGAUGGAUGGGUUACUAGUGAAGAGGUUGACUUGCCGGAGGGGAAGGAUGUUGAUGGGCUGCUCAAGAAGGCAGAUACUCCGGAUGGCGGACUGAAUACAAGUACGGCUCCCGCAGCAGUAAUAGAGCCCGCGAAGGAGCCUGAGCUCAAUUUCGAUAGUAUCAUUGCGCCCCCUGCACUUCCUACGAAAGUGCUUACGAAUGGUGUCCAUUGAUUACGGGGUGGUGGUCGAUCAAAUUGUAUCUUUUCCCAGCUCGUACUCCAAGCGGUCCACUCAGAUACAUAAGCUAUGUAGCAUCAUAGAACAGUAGACUUGAAUAGCUCUUAGCUCAUAUUGAAUCCUAUGCAUCAUGCCUUACAAUCGCGUUUGGACUCGUAUCUCGUCUAUCUAGUCCAUGUACAUCAUUCGUCUCUUGCAUAGAUUUCUCACACCUGUCCCUACUCAUUGUGCUUAAAUUUUCCUCGAUUCUCCCCUUUCCGCCUGGUCUUCAGGUCAAGCAGUUCUGCUACUAUCUUAAUUUUCUAGCCUAGAUGGUAUCAAGUUGAACUAUUCGGGGCUUGAAUACCAACUAUAAUAUUCGCCAGACCGCGGGCGAUACUUCCAAGACCUCCCCUUUGGUUCUAAUCGUCGCGGAGCUGGUCUCUCUCACGGCUGCUUAUGCCCCUUAAUCUAUGAUUAUGCCCGGGU